ACUUACUCCCUCUCCGUACUCUCCUGUGAGACAAACACACGUGUGGAGAAUGGCAACCGAUGUGGUACAGUUCCACGAGAUGGGUUUAGAUGAUCGCCUUUUAAAGGCUGUAGCUGACCUGGGCUGGGCACAGCCUACGUUGAUCCAGGAGAAAGCUAUUCCACUGGCAUUAGAAGGUAAAGACCUCCUGGCCCGAGCACGGACUGGCUCUGGUAAAACCGCUGCCUAUGCUAUCCCUGUCAUUCAGCGAAUUCUAACGUCGAAACAGACCGUUCGCGAACAGGCUGUCAGAGCUUUGAUACUGGUGCCCACUAAAGAACUGGGUCAGCAGGUCCAGAGUAUGGUCCGCCAGCUUACGGCCUUCUGCGUUAGGGAUGUCAGAGUUGCAGACAUCUCAGGCAAGGCAGACAUAUCAGCUCAGAAGCCCAUCUUGAUGGAGAAACCUGAUGUGGUGGUGGGUACCCCCUCACGGGUCCUAGCCCACAUUAAUGCCCAAAACCUGGCCCUUGACUCCACUUUGGAGAUGCUGGUUAUUGAUGAAGCUGAUCUGGUCUUGUCCUUUGGCUUUGAGGCAGACCUGAAGAACCUUCUCUGUCAUUUGCCCAAGAUCUACCAGGCAUUCCUCAUGUCUGCCACACUGAAUGAGGACGUGCAGGCUCUGAAGGAGUUGGUGCUUCACAACCCUGUGACUCUGAAGCUGCAGGGCUCUCAGCUGCCGGACAGCUCACAGCUGGCGCAGUACAGCGUGCACUGCGACGAGGAGGACAAGUUCCUGCUCAUCUACACGCUCCUCAAACUGCGGCUGGUGCGCGGGAAGACGCUGCUGUUCGUGGGGGCCGUGGAGCGUUGCUACCGCCUCAAGCUCUUCCUCGAGCAGUUCAGCAUACCGGCCUGCGUGCUCAACUCCGAGCUUCCUGUGCACUCCAGGUGUCACAUCAUCAGUCAGUUCAAUCAGGGGUUCUAUGACUACAUCAUCGCCACAGACGAGCAGGGCCUGGAGAAUCCCACAACACCAGUGAAGAAGGAGGCGGAAAAGGACAAGAAGAAGAAGAAGAAAGCUACUGGGAAGGGAGGACAGAGUAAGGAUCAGGAGUAUGGCGUGUCUCGGGGCAUAGACUUCCAGAAUGUGGCCAACGUCAUUAACUUUGACUUCCCGCCCACAGUUGACUCCUACAUUCACCGUGUCGGCAGAACGGCCCGUGCAGACAACCCUGGCACUGCCCUAACAUUUGUCUCGCACACAGAGCUCCCUCUGUUGGCAGAUGUGGAAAGUGCCCUCUCAGAGGGCACAGAAUGUGCGCUGAAACCAUAUGGGUUUAAAAUGGAGGAGAUAGAAGGUUUCAGAUACCGUUGCCGGGAUGCCAUGCGGUCCGUCACAAAAACGGGAGUUAAAGAAGCCAGACUGAAGGAGAUCAAGCAGGAGCUGCUGAACUCUGAGAAACUGAAGACGUACUUUGAGGACAAUCCCAGGGACCUUCACCUUCUGCGCCAUGACAAGGACAUUCAUCCUGCGGUGAUUAAACCACAUCUGAGGAAUGUGCCAGAUUAUUUGAUCCCACCCACAUUGAAAGGAAUAGCCAAUCCGCUGACUGGGCGCAAGAAAAGAGGAAGGACUUUCAACACUGGAAGCGUUAUCAAAAGUGAUUUUAAGAAAAAUGCCAGAGGCAAAAACCCGCUGAAGACGUUCCGCUUCAAAUCCAAAAAACCCCAAGCCAGUGCAAAAGCCACGUCAUAAAGCCGCUCGGUAGAAAUUAUGUGGCUUGAAGCAACCUGUCUGCUAAGAACUACAAGACCACUGCCAUCUACAUGAACUAUCUGAGCAGAGGACCCGAGUUCCAUCAAUGCUUAAGGUGCAAGCCUCCUCAAACACCUCCUUGACUACACGCCCAGUUGUCCUCUGAAACCAUGUGAAACACAGAGACAGUUGUUAAUAUUCCUUAAAUGGUCGGUGACUUACAGUGUUCGCCAGGGGUGUUUGGAUGAUCUUGACUUUUUAGGAGUUCCACAGAUAAAGUGGCAGAGUAUGGAAAUGUACUCUAAAACAGUUUAUACCUGUAUUUUCAGGUCAAAAUGUGAAUGUCUUACUAAGCCUGUUUUCCCCAAUACAACAUCACUGGCCAAACCAAUGUUUGUGUACAGUUGUAAAAUUGUAAAAUGUUAAGUUGAUGUAGGGCCGUACUCCUGAUUGGUGUGUCUUCUCAAUGUCUUCUGUGUCACCUUUGGGGCAGGAUUGGCCUCUGUGUACUAGUUCAGAGUGCAUUAUUUUGCUACAAUAAAAGCUAUGGCUCUAUAAGCCAAAUGUAGGUUAAUCAUACAUUUGAUUCAAUUAUACAUUACUAUCCAAUAAAAGUUUAUGCAGAGUAAUAAGGAACUGAGAACAAAUGUUGCAUAAGUGCACCACACAGCAAUUGCAUAAUUGGCAAAGUUCAAUUAUAGAUACAGUUUAGAUGGGUAACAAAGCCUGUUUGGAGAAACAAUUAGUCAUUGGUCAAAAAGUUCAAAUAAAAUGUUACAUAAUGAUUACAUACAA